UGGUGUUGGCGCAUGAAGUGCUCAAACAUUAGAGCAGCUUUGGCGCAACCUGUUGUUAGGUAAUAAUAGGUGAUAGAAUAUAUAUACUACAUCAGAAAAAAUAAGAAAAUUGUGGACUGUAUAGUUGAUCAUAAUGAAUAUUUAACUUAAUACAAUAGUAAUAAUAAUAAAAAUCACAGCCAGUAAAAAUUUAUAAUAAUAUAUAACAGCAGCAAAUAUUAUAAUAUGCCUUAACGGCUAUCAGAACAUAAUAACAAUGUAAUAUAUAAUAAUAAUUCAAGACCUGUCGAUCACACUCACACAAAUAUUUGGUCGAUCAAUACUCACAUCACAGUUGAGACACACACCUGGUUUUAUACCCACGCUAUCGCACCAGGGCCUGUAUAGUUAUGUCAAAUAAGUUACAAUAAAAAACAAAUUGACCCUGCGUACGGGCGAAUGUGUGCUGACAACUGUUCACGAAGACUUCAUAACAAUGAAACACUGAAUGCAGCCGGUACAGGAUCUCUAGUAUACACUGUCUACUGUCCAACGAGUAACGAGGUACAUCAAAACACGAUGAAUCACUACACAAAUCGCUGGUAAUUUUGACCACCCUUAUUUGAUUAUUCCAAUAAAAGUGUUGUAAAUUAAAAAUUUAUUGUACCUGUUAUUUCUUUUCUUGCCUAUUCUGUGUACAUAAAUAAAUAAGUCAAAAAUAAUUGGUGUUGUUGUGUUACAUGGUGGAUUGUUGGACAAUAGUAACCUGGUUAGAAUGUAAAAAUCAAAUUUGUGUAUGAAAUACUUCUAUUUAAAUUUCUAAGUGUCUGCUAUCAAUGGACAAAAUGUUUGAUUACUUGUGGUUCAGAGUUUUAAAUGUACUAUUUGUAAUGCAAUGUAUAAGUACAAACAUACUUUAAAGAGACAUUUAGAAGGAAAGCAUGGCAUAGUUGAUGAUAGUGUAAGCCAAAAGAAAAAUGUCAAGUGUGAGUUAUGCGAAAAAGAUUUUGGCCAAAGAAAAGAUAUGUUGAGACAUAUACGGACGAUUCAUAACAAUAAAGAAUCAGAACAUUUUAAUAAUGAAGUAAAAACAACAAUUCCCAAUAAAAACACCAUCACACAGUCAUUCCACAAUAAUGAGUAUUUACAGAGCAUAUUACCUGAUGGUUAUAAAUAUCAUGUUGACGAAACUAAGUUUUUAGAAAAUAGGCAAUUUAUUGUUAGAUUUGAAGAAUAUAAUUUUAAGUAUGAUGAAAUUUCAUCAUGGAUAUUGCAAUUUAAUCAAAAAAGCAAAACAACUUAUUUAGUGACCAAUGUAAGAAAAUCUGAAUUACCAAGUGUUCUGUUGAAGAAAAGAUAUAGUUGUCAUCAUAACACAAGGCCAAAGAAAAUGCAACACCCUGUCCUAAACAUUUUAAUUGUAAAUCUACUAUUUGCAUACAAAUUGUUGAAAAUGAAACAGAAAAUUUUUUGAAAAUCACAAUAAACAUGAAUACCAUAGAGCAUCUUUAAUUAGAGGUGAACAUUUUUCAAAACUAUUUUUAACUAACAAACCAAGUAUAAUUGAUCUUUUGGAUGAUGACAGAAUAAAACAGAAAAAGCAAAAUAGGUUGAUGCUUAUACCCAUUAUUGAAUGUGUCAUGCUAUGUGGUAGACAAGGGCUUCCCUUACGUGGCCAUAGAGACUCUGGUCCUAUUUGUUUUGAAAGUGAAUUACAACCAUAUGUGAAUGAAGGCAAUUUUCGUGCCAUACUCAAGUAUAAGGCCAAAGACUUAGACAGUUUUAAAGAAUUUUUAGAAUCAAAUAGCCGGUAUAAGUAUACAAGUUCUAAUAUUCAAAAUCAAAUUAUAUCUUCAUGUGGUGACUUAAUAUUGGAAAAGAUUGUCAAAGAAAUUAACACAUCUGAGUGCUUCUCAAUUUUAGCGGAUGAGACAACUGAUGUUUCAUUGAAGGAACAAUUAACUUUAUGUGUUCGCUUUGUAACUGGUACCGAAAAAAAUGUCAAUUUGCGUGAAGUUUUUUUAAAAUACAUUGUUAUUCAUAGCCUAACAGGAAAAGAUAUUGCAAAUUCUAUCAUAAAUGGUUUAAAUUCCUGUGGAAUUGAUUGUUGCAAUAUGGUUGGUCAGGGUUAUGAUGGGGCAUCAAACAUGGCAGGACAUGUCAAAGGAACACAAAAAAUUGUAUCUGAAAACUUUCCUAAGGCUAUAUAUGUUCACUGUGCCGCCCAUAGUUUAAAUCUGGCUGUCUCUGCUGCUUGUGAUAUACAAGCAAUUAGAAACUGUUUAGAAAGUGACUUUAAUCCUGAUUCAAAAUCAUUAAAACGCCUAUGCGCCACAAGAUGGGUUGAAAGGUAUUCGGCAAUUCAUGACUUUGUCGAAUUAUAUCCCUGUGUGGUUAGUGCACUCGAUAAAAUAUCUGAGUGGAAAGACUCAACAGCUACGGAUGCUAAUAUUCUUGCAAAAUCUAUGGAUUCUGAAUUUUUUGUUUCUUUACAAGUUAUUAAGGUGCUGUUUGCAUAUGGUUUGCCUCUAUGUAAACUGUUACAAAAAGUUGAACUUGAUUUGAAAGAAGCUGUGGACUUAGCUGAAGUGACUGUGACAAGUAUUCAAUGUUUACGUGAUAAUAUAGAACAAGAGUUCAAUAAAAUGUUCAAAGAAGCUGAGAAAAUGGCCGAUGUGGUUGGCGUGAGUAUUUCAAUUAAACGUCAGAAUAAAAUAAACAAAAAUCGAGCCAACCUCUGUAUUAAUGAUAUAACACCAGAAAAAUAUUAUUGUAUAACAAUAGCCAUACCGUUUAUUGAUUCAUUUAUACAGCAAUUAAAUGAAAGGUUUUUGAAGCACAAAAAUAUAUUAAAAGGAUUUGGGUGUUUAUUUUCUAAAACCUAUGCUGACGAGUUUGACGAACUGGUACAGUUUUACCUUGAUACAGAUCUACAAAUUGUUAAGGCUGAAUUACGACUAUGGCAUACAAAAUUGGAGAAAAAUAAUGAACAACCGAAAAAUGCAUUAGAUGCGUUACGAGUGUGUAACAAAGAAAUAUUUCCUAAUAUCCAUCGUCUGUUGAAAAUUUUGUGUACUAUACCAGUAUCUACAGCAACGCCAGAGAGGACUUUUUCGUGUCUUAAGAGACUUAAAACCUACUUACGUAAUACAAUGACAGAGACCCGACUUAAUGGACUCACAAUGUUGGCAAUACAUGGAGAUGUGCCAUUAACAGCUGAGGAAGUGUUGGACGAUCUGGCGAAAAAACCAAGAAAAUUAGAUUUUUUAUUAUAAUGUAUUAAAAAUUAAAAUAUAUAUAAUUUUUUAAAACAGAACAAAA